CUCCUCACCACACCAUCACAACCAACACUUCCAACCCGCAUCAGCCGCAAGAGGAAAAUGGACGACGACCUCUCCUUCUCAGACCUCUCCCUCCUCACCUCCCCCGCAGGCGCAGCAGGCAAUGCCACCGCAUCCAGCAGCACCAGCGGAAGCGCAGCACUUCGGUCGCGUCCCUCUACGAUGGGGAAAUCGGCCAAGGCGUCUGCUCCUCCUCCUCGCGCCUCCGAAGCCAACUUGCGUCUGCUACAAGGACUGAACAAGACGGCCGGAGGGCCACCUGUGUCCGGUGCUGCCGGCGGAGGAGGAGGGAACAAGCGUCGCGUCUCCCUCUUUGCGCCCAGUGCGAUCCCUCAGCAGCAUCAACGCAUGGCAGGACAGCAGGAGGAAGAGGACGAAGCUGAGGACGACCUUGCGGCUAGAGAGGCAGAAGCAGAUGACUCCAUUCUAGCCACAUGCUCAAAGGCAAGCAACAACGGCGGCGGUGGCGCAGGAUCAAGAGGAAAUAGCGAUAUCGACCCACCACCUCUGCCCAGUCUGGCAGACUUUGUCUCGUCCACCACCCCUGCCAUGGGCGGAGAGCAGGCAAGUGGGGAGGAAGGAGGUGAGGUGGAAAGCAAGGAGAAUGUACAGCGUCAAUUGGCAGAUCUAGCGCGCCUUAAUGCCUCCUUUGAGGCGUAUGAGAGAAUGCUCCAGGGAAGCGCAGGACAGAUUGAGCUCUUCUCCCACCGGCUCACAUGCACCUCCACCCUUCUCUCGUCCUACAUCGACGUCCUCUCUCGCUCAUCGCAGCAUCAGUCCCUCUUGCUCAACCCGGAGUGGAGGGGUCAGACGGAGGAUAUGGCAAAACAGAUGCGCGAGGCACAGCGUCUCGAGGAGGAACUGGAGAAGAGGAGACGGGAGAGAGAGGUGAGGGAGGAGGAGAUGAGGGUCCAGGCUGAGAUGCAGGCUAAUGCGAGAGCGGCUGGCGUAGGGACGGGUGCGGCUACAAGGGGACGCGGGACGACGGUUGGUGCGCGGGGAACGGGGAGGGGAAGGGGAGCAUCGACGACUACGGCUAGAGGGACAGCCACUUCUGCUCGCGGGCGUACAGUCAGCGGGAGCACCACUGGGGCAACUCGAGGACGUCCCACCACCACUACCACGACUGCAAGCGCUCGAGGAGCGCGGGGCGGCGCCGCAAGACCGAGCGGCAUCCCCGGCCCCGCAGCGACGAGGGGCACAACAAGGGGCGGGGCCGGGACGCGCUGAGGUUGCCGUAGCGUAACGGGGACAAGUGGCUGCUGUACUGUCUUUGAGCUCGAUAUCCACUCCCUCCCGCUCUCUGUACUUCUUGGAACCUAACUAUGGACUCUCCCCUCGUCUCCACGUCACCCAAUGCAAUCACGUCUACGCAAUCCCAUCGGGCGUAAACAAGAUUCGUCAUGAUUAGAUGAGGCAAGCAAUGUAGCAAAAGUCGUGAAAUGCCAAGCA